AUGUCGACAAAAUUUAAUGACUUCUUUCUUGAAGAAUUCGAAGAAUAUUACUUUCAUUCCAGAACACUGUCCGAUAAUCCUGUCGAAGAAAUUGAGUCGAAGGCAUUUGGUCUAUCUAAUCAUGAAGUAAAAAUAUUUCUCCUACGAACCUCAUUGAAAACGAUUGCCUCUGACAUAUUUUCAAGCAACCAUCCUCACGAUUUUCGAAUAACUCUGACAAACAGAAUCACCAGGGUGAUAGAUUAUAAUUACCCGUCUGGCACUGGAAAGCACUCCUUAUAUCUGAAUCCUCUCGAAAGACAUGACGAAGCUAUCACAGUUCCUUCAACAGUUUCCCCAUCUGUUUUAUCUUUUCUGCAUAAAGUGGGAUUCAGAAAAACUGCGUCUGAAAGUAACUAUUUCAUAUUUCUACCCUGUCCCUUGGGAACAUUUUCACACCACACCUUGUUUACCUCGGAGCUAGAUUUGGAGAUCUGCACAGAUUGUCCACCAGGAGGAUUUUACUCCGAUAAUCUUGCCUUCGUGGCGAAAGGCUGUAAGAAAUGUCCGAAUGGGUGUUACAUUGCAUAUGAGAAGAAACCCGGAAAAUCAGUGCUAGAUUGCAAGACUUGUCCUUUGGGAACUAAAACUGACUUUUUCGCUGGAUACCGAGCUUGUCCAUGUUUGGAAGGUCAUUACCGAACCCACUUAUUUGAGGGAUGUCGCGAAUGUGGCAAAAAAGAUGGACUUGUUUGCCAAAGAGAACAUGCUUCCUUAGGACCUGGUUAUUGGUGGCAGUGGCGUAACGAUUCUUACAAACGUCGUUAUCAAGAUUUUAUCAAAAAUCUCAUGGAAUCUAAACCUGUAUUAGAUGAGCAUUCUGUGAAGUAUCCUUAUGUACUUCCAUCGCCGUACAGAUGUCAGGUACCAGAGUCCUGUAGGGGAGGGUUGGACUCACCAUGUGCAAAAGGAUACGAGGGGCCAGUUUGCGCCGUGUGCAGCUCAGGAUACUACAAGCAAUUCCACAAAUGCAGAAAAUGCCCAUCAAAAUCAUGGAUCGUGGGUGGCCAGAUUCGUUAGAAGUUGUUGCAAAGUACUCUGGAAUGCUUCAACUGAAUUUGCUUCAGAUUGCACCUUUUCACUGCUUAUUCCCAGGAUU